GAAGAACUCUGUGCUUCCGCUACUGCGCACUGCAUCUUCGACAUGGCGCUCUCAAAGACGGUCUACAAUCUCCUCUUCAGGAGGACGUCGACGUUUGCCGUGACCAUCAUAGUUGGAGCAGUGUUCUUUGAACGGGUGUUUGACCAAGGUGGUGACGCAGUGUUUGAGCAGAUGAACCGCGGGAAACUCUGGAAACACAUUAAACACAACUACGAGAACAAAAACGAGGAAUAGGACGUGGCCCAGGGUUAUUCAAGGCUGAAAUGAAGGCGCUGUCAUGAUUCCAUUCCCCAUUCUUCAGUUCCUGGAUUUAGCGCCCCAAUCCCACAUCUGUCAGCCUGGACAGCGUACGCACCAUGUCUGAGGCUGGAAGAAACUCUCAACACCUACAGAGGGUGGCUCAAACCUAUGGCCACCGUGAAGAUGGAGUUUCCUUUUGCUUCUCAUCCCGUUCAUGGCUGAUGUCUAAACCUCAUUGUUCAACUCGCAGAUUGUGAAUUGUUUAUAUUAAACAUCUUAAUGUCGUUUAA